UUCGAGAUUUGCAGGAAUUACAAUAGUCAUGUUCUGAAAUAUUUAUACGCAUUUUUAGUGUUCUACUUUUUCGACCUUCACCUUUUGACAGAUGAACAUGGCUUUACAAACAAAUCUAAGAAAUCUACACUCUAAGGCGUUUAGAGAGGUGUUAAAAGUGUGUAGCUGUCAGUUAUGUGGUACAAAUAGAGUUUACAGUAACAAGAACCUGACCGAGGACAAAAAGAAAAAAUUGCUGGAAGGACCCGAUCUUGGUGAUUUCAUUGAGGCAAGUCUCAGUGGUACAGAUAUUGGUGAUAAUAUUAUACAGAAAAAAGGGGAAAGGGUUCGACUUCCAAAGUGGUUGAAGACAAAUAUACCUGUAGGUAAAAAUUACCAUGGAAUUAAACAGAAUCUCAGAGAGCUUAAACUCAACACAGUAUGUGAGGAGGCAAAAUGUCCAAACAUUGGAGAAUGCUGGGGUGGUGGUGACCACGGCACAGCCACAGCAACCAUAAUGGUUUUAGGUGACACUUGUACAAGAGGUUGUAGGUUUUGCUCAGUAAAGACAGCACGAAAUCCCCCACCCCCUGAUCCAAAUGAGCCCAGAAAUACAGCAUCUGCUAUAGUGUCAUGGGGAUUGGACUAUGUGGUGCUUACCUCAGUCGAUAGAGAUGAUUUACCAGAUGGUGGGGCUGCUCAUUUUGCAGAAACUGUUAGAGAAAUAAAGAAAGGGAAAUCAUCAUUAUUGGUAGAAUGUUUGACGCCAGAUUUCCGUGGAGAUUUAACAAGUGUAGAAACUGUAGCUCAGUCAGGACUAGAUGUGUACGCUCAUAAUGUAGAAACUGUGGCAGAAUUACAAUGGUUAGUACGAGAUCCACGGGCCAACUAUAAGCAAUCUCUAAAAGUAUUAGAACAUGUUAAAGAACUAAAUCCAGACAUGGUUACAAAGACAUCACUGAUGCUAGGUCUUGGUGAAAGUGAUUCUCAGAUACUACGGGUAUUAGAAGACUUGAGAAAGAUAGAUGUUGACUGUGUGACUCUAGGACAGUAUAUGCAGCCUACAAAAAGACAUAUAAAGGUUAAGGAAUAUGUACAUCCAGACAAGUUUAAGUUUUGGGAAGAUGUUGGUAAUAAGUUAGGCUUUGCUUACACAGCUAGUGGACCUCUUGUUAGAUCUUCAUACAAAGCUGGGGAGUUUUUCUUGAAGAACCUGUUGGAGAAGAGAAAAUCUGAGAAGCAGUCUAAAGUAUAGAAAUAGAAUCAACACAGUGUACAGGAAUUAAAGUUAAAUACAAUUUAUGUGACAGGGAUACAGUGAAAGGAAAUAUACUUAACUUGAAUGAAAAUUAUGCAAAUUUUGUGGUGGAAUUCUGGUUUUGGAGAUGCUUUGAUGCAUUAUAAUGAUAUAAUAUACAUUUUAUGUUGACUUUGUUUAUCAAUAUUUUGUUGAAGUAAAAUAAACUUAUAAAACAA